UCAAUACACCAAGUUCACCAUUUAACAAUUUAUAUCAGUCAAGUAAAACGUCUACUCCUGAAGUGGCUUUUCGACUAGUGUGUAGUCCUGCCCUGCUUACAGAUGAACUUUCCGAAUCAACUUCGACUCUAACUUCUGAAAUUAUACCAAAGAAAGUGUCCAGUAUCAGUAGGAAACCACCUGUUAUCCCAAGAAGACGUAAUCACAUUCCUAAUAAAUCAAAUAAUUCACCUUAUACAGUUGUUGACAGUUCUGAUUCACUGUCAUCAGAUUCUGAACUACAUUCACCAAUACCUGGUAGUCGAAAAUCAUCUUCAACUGUUGGCAAACGAGUACAGUCACCUAGUAAACAAGACAAUAAUUUUGAAAAAACUAAAGAAUCUGUCAGUCGUGUUUCUGAAGAUGGUGAUAUUACUCCAGUUUCAUAUCCUUCUGUUAUACCAAAGCAUUCUUCUACUAGUGAUUCAUCAAGUCAACAAUUGAAGAAUAGACUCAGUGAACAUCCCCUCUUACCGUUUGCACAUCAAAACUUUUUAAAUAGGUAAUU